UUUAGACUUCGCGGGCUUCGUGACUGUGCGUUACGACCCGCAGUAACAUGACUGACACACCUGAGGAAUCUUCAAAAAGCAAAAUGAAAAAACCAGCUAAUACAACUGAUGUGUCGGAUAGUUCUAACUCACUUCCUAAUACUGAUAAAUCUUUGUCAUCUGGACAAUCCCCAAACGGGAUUAAUGAGAAGCUUUUAAAGCAACUCACCAACGUCAUGUUGGUCUCUGGAUCUGGUAGUUCUAGUGGUGUGACAGAGAAGAAGUCUAAAAAUGACUAUCGAUUCUGGAGAACACAGCCAGUUCCUGACCUCACUGAAGAGAUUACUGACAACGGUCCAAUUGAACCAGAUUCAAAACAUGAAGAUAUCCGCUCACAGCCUUAUACAUUACCCGAAGGAUUUUAUUGGUGUGAAGUUUCUCUGGAUGAUGAAACUGAGCUACAAGAAUUGUAUGAUCUUCUGUAUGAAAAUUAUGUUGAAGACGAUGAUCAUCUCUUCCGAUUUGAUUAUUCCAAGCAUUUCUUACAGUGGAUCUUAAAGUCACCUGGUUGGCAUAAAGAUUGGCAUGUUGGACUUCGUGUAACUAAAAGUAAAAAACUGGUUGGAUUUAUAGCAGCUAUUCCAUGCCACCUACAGAUAUAUGAUAAAGCAAAACAGCUGGUUGAAGUCAACUAUCUUUGUGUCCAUAAAAAACUACGUUCUAAACGUAUGGCCCCUGUACUGAUUCGAGAAGUAACUCGUCGUGUUCAUCUACGUGGGAGAUUUCAGGCUUUGUUUACGAGUGGAACUUUACUUCCAAAACCAGUCAGCAAAUGUCGAUAUUGGCAUCGUCCUCUCAAUCCACGUAAACUUCUUGAAUGUGGAUUUUCACAUCUUACUCACAACAUGACUCUUCAACGAACAAUUAAACUAUACAGAUUACCUGAAGCUCCUCUUGUCAAAGGUUUUCGUCAAAUGACAAAAAAAGAUGUUCCCAAAGCAUGGCCUUUAUUAUCUGAGUACUUGGAAAAGUUUAAUAUUCAUCCAAUUUUUACAAAAGAAGAAUUUCAGCAUUUCUUUGUUCCUCGAGAUGAUGUUGUGUAUUCUUUCAUAGUUGAGAAUGGAGAUGGGCAAAUCACAGACUUCUGUUCGUUCUAUGUCCUUCCCAGUUCAGUCAUGAAAAGCAAACAACACAAUAGCCUUCGCGCGGCCUACUCAUUUUACAAUGUUUCUACGGUAACACCAUGGCCUGCAUUAAUUCAAGAUAUGUUGAUUUCAGCCAAACAAUUAAAGUUUGACGUAUUCAAUGCUUUGGAUCUAAUGGAGAAUGGAAAGUUCCUGGAAGAGUUAAAAUUCGGCAUUGGAGACGGUGAUCUACAUUAUUAUUUGUAUAACUGGCGUUGUCCAUUCACUAAGCCCUCUGAGGAUAUAUGGUUCCAGAAAUUAGACAAUAUCGUUGAUUGUUAUAGUGAAUUAAAAAACCUUUUACUCACCCGAAAAACAUCAUACAAUACGUAUAUCUUGAUUAAAAAAUCAAUGGCCACUAUAUAGCUGUAAGCCAUCAGCAUGCAAAAUAUUCUUACGAUACUCUGUUAACAUUAUUUAAUAUGAAAAAAUGAUUACCUUCAACAGAUCCUAUUAUUAUUUACUUACUUCAAGUGCAGUUCUUUUCAUUGUUUCGUUUACCGGUCCUGCUAAACAACAAUAGUUUAAUGCAUUUGAAAUAGCUCGACGAUUUGAUUUAGUUUGUAGUUGAACAAAUAAUUUCAAAUCAUUAGAAGAUCCAGUUUCAAUAAUGUGACUUUGUGAUUUAACAUCUAAUAAAGACAAUUCAUCUUGUGUAUGUCUUCUUUGUCCUAUAAGAUAUGUUAAUAUUCAGUUCAUUAAAAUUCAUGUAGUUUUUAACUUAGUAAAAUAAAAAGUUAUUCACUGGGACUUGAUUAACUCUACUUCAAAAUGCGGAUGUUACAAAAAAUUUCAUGUGCUUAAAUUGUGAUUUAUUUUAGUGGUGAUAUGUAUAGGUUUUGAAUUGUGUUUGUGUGAUCGCUUGUUUCUAGCUGUUUGCAGAAUAUACUUUCCCAUUCCG